AUGGCCAGCCCUUGCUGCAAGGACACCUGCUGCAAGAAAGAACUAGUCGACGACAUCGCGGGGUGGAUCAAGAUCUACAACGACGGCACAGUGGAGCGGCCCGCCCCUCCUCCGGAGGCACAACAAUUGGCAACUUCCAUCCCACCCUAUGACGUGCCAUGCAACGGAGUGACUGUGCAUGACAUCCCGGCCGACCCACCUCUCCGCCUGUACCUCCCGGUGGCGGCCCCUUUGAACGGUCGACGCCUCCCCGUGCUACUCCACUUCCUCGCCGGUUCGUUCUGCAUCACCGACCCCUCUUGGGCGAUGUACCAUUCCUUCUACGCCCGCCUCGCCGCCUCGAUCCCCGUCGCCGGCAUCGUGUCCAUCGCCCUCCCUCUCGCCCCGGAGAACCCGCUCCCGGCGGCCAUAGCUGCAGGCUAUGCCGCCAUUGACUGGUUGAAGUCGCUUGCUCGACCUGUGCUGCCCAACGAGCCAGUCCCUGAGCCAACGUAUGACCCCGUAAACAGGCUCAGGGACGUCGCGGAUUUGUCACGUGUGUUUCUGAUAGGUGACAGCAAUGGUGCUAACCUGGCGCUCCAGGUGGCCGCCGGGUUCAGCACGGCGGAGCCAGGGUACUGGGGCCCCGUUGGGCUCGCCGGAGCCAUCCUGCUAAACCCCGGGUUUACCCGGUCCACCCCGAGCCGGUCCGAGUCGACCGACCCCAUGAACAGGUACAUGAACCGCGAGCUUGUGGGCAGGUUCCUGAAGCUGGCUCUCCCGGAAGGCGCCACCCGAGACCACCCUUACAUCUGGCCCGUCGUCGACGCCGCCGCCGCCAUGCCGCCGCUGCUGGUGAGCAUUGCGAUGCUGGACUCGCUGCGCGACCGGCAGGUGGAGUACUGCAACGCCAUGCGGCGCGCUGGGAAGCACGUGGAGGUGGCGUUGAGCGCCGGCGUGGACCACAUCUUCUACCUAAAGCACGGCUUGAUCGACUCCGAGCCGGAAAAUGACGAGACCGCAGCGCGCAUCGCGGAGCUCGUCGAGGAUAUCGGACGAUUCAUCGGCCGGCGCCACUGCUGUGUUGCCCGUCUGUAG